AUGGUUGCAGAAACAAAGCUCUACGACUCCUUGGGCAUCAAGCCUGAUGCCUCCCAAGAUGACAUCAAGAGGGCUUACAAAAAAGCCGCUUUGAGAUGGCAUCCUGACAAGAACAAGGAUAACCCCAAAGCUGCAGAGAAGUUCAAAGAGGUUUCUCAGGCUUACGAAGUCCUUUCGGAUCCCGAAAAACGCAAAAUCUAUGAUCAAUUCGGUCUCGACUAUCUCAUGCGAGGCGGCCCUCCGCCAUCUGGCGGUGCCGGCGGCCCAUCCUUCGAAGGUGGCAUGCCUGGUGGGUUCGCAUUUGGAGGGAUGCCUGGUGGAGGCACUCGCACGUUCCACUUCACCACUGGACCGGGAGGUGGUGGCUUCCGCUUCAGCAGCGCGGAUGAUAUCUUCAGAAACUUCGUCAAGUCCGCUGGUGGCAUGGGGUUAGACGACGACGACAUUUUCUCGAUGUUGGGAGGUGGACUCGGCGGUGGUGGUGCACGAACCUCCUUCAAGACGUCGUCUUCUGGGGGCGGCUUCAACCAGCGCCGUGCUCCAACGCCAGAGCCUACUGUUGUGGAAAAGGAAUUGCCUCUUACGCUCGAAGAGAUCUUCUAUGGAACGACGAAGAAAGUGGUUACUAAGAGCAAGACAUUCGAUCCAAGCGGCAAGCGCAGCGUACAGGAAGUGACCCUCGAAGCCAACAUCAAGCCUGGUUUGAGAGCUGGCUCCAAGAUCAAGUACAAGGGCGUCGGUGAUCAAGAAGAGGGUGGCAGACAGGAUGUACACUUGAUUGUUACAGAGAAAGAACAUCCGACUUUCAAGCGCAGUGGCGACAAUCUCAUCACGACAGUGGAACUCAGUCUCAAAGAAGCGCUCACUGGCUGGGAUCGCAUUGUCAAGACCAUCGACGGCAAGUCCAUCCGCAUAUCCAAGCCAGGACCUACUCAGCCUGGCCAUGAGGAGCGCUAUCCGGGCUUGGGCAUGGUCAUCUCGAAGAAGCCCUCGGAACGAGGAGACCUUAUAGUAAAGGUCAACGUGAAGUUCCCUACGAGCUUGAAUUCUUCCCAGAAGGAAUUGUUGAAGGAGAUCUUGCCAUGA